AUGUUCUGCCUUAUUUUUGUAGUAGGUGAGGGUGGUAUAAAUUUUGUUGUACUUUUUGUUUGUAUUUUGGGUAUUUAACCUGGUUUGCUACCUAAACGUUUGUUUUUAAAAAUUUUUAAAUUUAUGGUUUUUUAAAGAAAGUUCUUGCUAUUUUUUGUUUUGUAAAGAAAGUUUUUGCCACUUUACUAUCUGUAAAGAAAGUUCUUGCCAUUUAUUGUUUUUAAAAGAAAGUUCUUGCUAUUUUUUGUUUUGUAAAGAAAAGCCUUGCCAUUUUUUGCUUUGUAAAGAAAAUUUUUGCCAUUUCUGAGCUAUAAACUUAAUUUAUGGUUCGGCAGGCUGCGGGUGACAUGUUAUACGAUGGAUGUUAUGUAAUGUGUUGUUAAGAAAGUUCUUGCCGUUUUUUACUUUGUAAAAGUUUUUGCUAUUUUUUGUUUUGUAAAUAAAGUUCUUGAUAUUUUAUGUUCUGUAAACAAAGUUGUUGCCGUCUCAUGUCUUAUAUAGCAAGUUCAUCCUAUUUCUUAUUUUGUAAAGAAAGUUAUUGCCAUUAUUUUUUCUUAUAAAUUUUUUAAAUUGUGAAUCUCCCGCGCAUUUCCAACCGAAUUUAAAUGCCAAAAAUCAUUUUUUCAUAUUUAAAUUUCACAAAUUUUCAGAAAGUCCCGCGUUGAACACGCCACACCUUCAAAUCGACCGGUCGACAACAACAGCGCUGAGGCUGCACGGUGCGGUCGGCACCAUGAAAUUUCCGUACGAUGGGUCCAAUUCGGUUAUCACGAAUACGGUAACACAGUUCCCGUUGAAUUCGAAUUCGGUGAUUAAGACGGCGCCCUCGCGCAACUCCCAACACUUUGUGACCAAAGAAGAGGCUCUGGACAUGGGCACAUUGGCUGGGGAUGGCAUUCAGGUAAGUAUCAUUUUUUUGAGAAUGGAGGGUGGGUUGAUGGGAAGGGGGGGGGGUGUAUGAAGUAUGGCAAAGAGGAGGGCUGUAUGGAGUACGAAAAGAGGGUGGGGUGUAGAUGAGAAGAUAUGGGGGUUGUUGGAGGGGAGAUGGAAAAGGAUGAGGUGGCCGUGGGGUAAUUGAUAAAAGAGGGUAUACAUAUUUAAGCGUUUUAGGCUUAAAAAUGUGAUUUUAGGCUUGAGAAUAUAAUUUUAGGCUUAUAAUGAAAGUUAGGCUUAAGAAGCAGCUCUUGGCUUUAGAAAGGCAUUUUAGGCCUUGUUCAUUGGCAGAGGGGAGGAAUUGAUGUUGUGGACGGGAUAUGAAAGAGGAGGGAAUAAAGCGGCUUUGAAAUGAACUUUAGGCUUAAAAAGCAAAGUUUGGCUGUUAAAAUAACUUUUAGGCUUAAAAACGAAUGUUAAGCUUAGAAAUGAAAUUUUCGGCUUAGAAACAAAGUUUUAGGCUUAGAGAUGAAUUUCAAGCUUAAGAAUUUCAAAUUAACUUCUAUGCUUUAAAAAUUGUAGGCUUAGACUGUAAACCUUAGGCUUAAGUUUUCAAUUUUAGGCUUAGAAACGAAUUUUUUAGUUUAAAAGUUAAACAUUAGGCUUAACAGUUAAUUUUUUAAAAUUUUUUUGAAAUUUUUGCACUUUUGUCUUCUGCCGCGAUUACUUUACUCUCAACAAUAACCCUUUUUACUUUCGUUUCCAAGUAAACCCCGUAUGUUGGUGUUAUUUUUGGACGUAUUUGCGCAACAUUAUGACUUAUAUUUGUUGUUAUGCGACCCGCAUUGUCUUCUGGGUCAUUCAGAAGACAAAAGUAUUUUUGGGUCAGGACAAUGUGCUACCGUACCCCAUGAACAGAAAAACUUUGGAGAGAACAUUAAAGAACACAAUUUAUGGGGGAAGUUUAUGUCGAUGAGUUAAGCGACGAGAAUGCAUUGUUCCAUUGUCUUCGACUACUUAAUGCUUUAGGGGCUUGUAGAUGAAUGCUUAAUAGGGUAGAGGGGAGGGGAGGGGAGUUUAGGUUUAAAAAUGAAAUUAGGCUUAUAAAUAGAAGUUUAGGCUUAAACAUGAAGCUUUAGGCUUGAAAAUGACAUUUCAAGACUAAAAUGAAUUUUUAAGCUUAAAAAUGAGAGUUUAGGCUUAUAACUAUAUUUUAGGCUCAAAAAAUGAAAUUAGGCUUAUAAAUAGAAUUUUAGGGUUAAAAAUGAGAUUUUAGGCUUAAAAAUGGAUUUUUAGGCUUAAAAUUGAGAUUUUAACUAUAAAAAUGAGUUUUUAGGCUUAAAAGUGAGAUUUUAGGCUUAAAAACAAGCUUUAGGCCUAAAACUGAAUUACAGGUUUAAAAUGAGAGUUUGGGCUUAAAGAUGAUUUCUAGGCUUAAAAUAAGAUUUAAAAUUUAUUGAAAAAUUUUAGGCUCAAAAAAAGAGUUAUAUGUAGGCUUAAAAAUUGAUUUUUAUUCUUACAAAUGGAUAUUAAGUUUAAAAUGGACUUUUAGGCUUAAAAAAUGAGUUUUAGGCUUACAAAUGAGAGCCCCGGCUUAAAAAUGUCCUUAAGGUUUAAAAUUGAAAUUUUAGGUUUAAAAAUGAUUUUUAAGCUCAAAAUUGAUUUUCAGGCUUAAAAAUGAUUCUUAGGCUUAUAAAUAAACUUAGGCUUAAAAUGAGUUUUUCAUUAAUAGUUUUAAACCAUUCAAGCCCUGACGAAAAGUGCGAAUUCUUUAAAAAAACGAUGACAAAAGAACGAUCACCCAAAUCCGCAUUGUCGGCGUUCUGUUUUUCGCGCCCGAUUACACAGGCCAUCCGCGUUCUCACAGUCCAUUCCCAACGAAAAACGAAAAGCGCUUUCCGUCCAAUCGCCUCCGGCGCUUUCAAGCGAUUUAUUUGUCGAGAAGCGAAGAUGAAUGAGUUUGACGUGAUAACGUUUGUUGAUGAGUGAAGGAAGAGAUUGAAAAUGGAUUAGCCGGCUAUUUUUGGUCUAGGGCUAGGAUAGAAUUCUAAGAUUAUUUUAAGCCUACAAGUUCGUUUUAAGCUAAAAAGCCGUUUCUAGGCUUAACAUUCUGUUUUAAGUCCAAAAUUCUUUUUGAGCCCUAAAAGUCAUUUUAAGCCUAAAACCCUAUUUUAAGCUUAAAAAUUCAAUUUUAAGCUUAAGGAUUCAUAUUUAAGCCUAAAGCUCAUUUUUAGCUUACAAGCUCAUUUUUAAGCUUAAGACUCAUUUUUAAGCCUAAAAAUUCAGUUUUAAGCUUAAAACUCGUUUUCAAGCCUACAAACUCAUUCUUAAGUCUAAAUUUCUAUUUUUAAGCCUAAAAAUUUAGCCUUAAGCCUAAAAUUUUAUUUUUAAGCUUAAAUCUUUUAGCCUAAAGGUAAAUUUUAAGCUGAACAUUUAAUUUUCAAGCUUAAAAGCCGCUUCUAAGCCUAAAAUUCUAUUUUUAAGCCUAAAAUUAUAUUUUUAAGUUCAAAAUCCUAUUUUAAGCCUAAAAGUCAUUUUUAAUUUAAAUUCAUUUCUAAGCCUAAAAUCCUAUUUUCAAGCCUAUAACUCAUUUUUAAGCCUACAAAUGCAGUUUUAAGCUUAAAAUUUUAUUUUUUAAGCCUAAAGUCAUAUUUUAAGCCUAAAAUUUUAUUUUUAAGCCUAAAACUCAUUCUGAAGCCUUAAAAUUCAGUUUUAAUUCUAAAUCUCAUUUUUAGCCUAUAAACUCGUUUUUUAGCCUAAACUUUCCUUUUUCACUAAAAUUUUUAUCGUUAACUCCCAUACCCUAGAGCUAGGCUUCAAAACUUUUGAAAUUCAAAUUUCAAACGAAGGAGCAUAAGAGUUGCAAUUAGGGCAGAUUUGCAUUAAAAACACGAUGGGUGAGGCUUUAAUGAGAUGAAGGGAUCUCUCAUCUGUUUGCCGACCCCAACAUCAGGAGUCAUAAAGUCACAACGUCGCGUUGAUUGAAUGGCUUCUGAAUCUUUCGGCGCAAAGAACAUCUGCAUUACAUUUUUAAUGGAAUUCUCCGUCGCGAUGAAUCCGAGGGAUUCGAAGCCAUUGAGGAAGAAUGGGAAGAUCGAUCUCUCGCGAGACGAUCACAGUUCACAUGAUGUUGUAAAGCGAAAAAUUUUUAAAUGAUUGAGAAUCGCAGUGAAUUCGAAUUAUUGUGACAUGCAAAAUAGCACUACGUUGACAUAAAGAAACAAUCUAAAAAGCAAGCACAAUGAGUAUUAUACUUGAUUUGAAUUAGGGUUGACAUGAUAAUGAUAACGGUUGUUGAUGAUUGAAGGAAGAGAUUGUACAUAAAUCGGUUAGCUGGCUUCGUGUGGGCUAUUAUAAGAUAAGACCGAAUGGAGUUAGGAGCUAGUGCUAAAUCUUGAGCUGUCUACAUCUGGUUAAAGCUAGGUGAGGGAGUCGGGGAGUUUGUUCUUAGCGCUGAGGCUGUUUACGUGGUAAUAAUAAUGAAAAAGAUAUAUGGCGCUAGGACAGGCUAGGCUUAAGACAGACUAUGGGCUAAGACUAAAGCUAGGAAGCUAGGGAUAGAACAGAAUAUAGGCAGAGCCUGAAGCUAGGGCUAAAGCUAAGCCUAAGCCUAAGCCUAAGCCUAAGCCUAAGCCUAAGCCUAAGCCUAAGCCUAAGCCUAAGCUUAAGCCUAAGCCUAAGACUAAGCAUAAGCCUAAGCUUAAGUGGCUAAGGCUAAGACUUAGGGCUAAGGCUAAUACUAAAGCUUAGGCUUACUAUUAACUCAUAUCUCUAACCUCCAACCUCAUAUCUAAACCCUUGAACUGAAGACUUCUUUAUGAUACAUGUCGGUGGUCGGCUAGCCAUCCGAAAGCCGAAAAGUCUCUGUUUCGGCGACCGCCAUAAACCCUGCGGCGCACCCAUGGCGGUGGUAUCUCUUCGCCAUCGUCUGCUGACCCGCUUUUUUUGAUAUAUCGAAUCCGAGGUUGCGGUGUGUGCUUGGGGGGAUAUAUCAAAGUCGAGGAUGCGGUGGGGGAUGAAAGUAAAAGUUAUGUCGCCGCAUUGAUAUUAUACUGCCGUAGUGGGAACGAUGCUUUGAAUGUCGUAGGGGGGGGGGAUGAUUCUUUUACUGCCGUUGUGGUAAGGAACCUUCGACUGCACUAAGGGGUCGAUUUUACACUUGCCGUUGAAGAAUGAUCCUACCCAUGCCGUAGAGCAACCUUUCUACUGCCGCAAAGGUACUCAUCCUCCCACUGCCGUAUGGGUAAGAACCCUUCCACUGCCGCUAGGCUAACAAUCCUUGCACCGCCUUUGGGGAACAACCCAUCCACCGCUGCAGGGGCAACGAAUCGGGAGCGGCGCGAAAGCCGAUUGAUUUUUUGGGCGACGGCAAAAAGUGAAAGUGCAGGCGGAGAGGCGAUUUUUUUUUCUCCACCACCCGAAGCCCCCCAUCGGCUACUGCCGGAUCCCGUAACCCGAAAAUUCCUGCAAAUUUCACUUUCGCUUAAAUUUUGACGGGUGGAGUCGUGCGGAAACCGGCUUCCACCGCCACCGUCAGCGCAGCUUCGCCGCCUCCCCGUUUGGCCUCAACGGCCUGAUUCUGCAUGUGGCCGGAAAGGUACGGUAACUUUUUUUGGGUAGGGGGUGGGGAGGGUAUACUUUGCUGUGUGGUUUUGGGGGUACGGUAGGGUUUGUAUGUGGGUUGAUUAUAAAUAUUUGGUGAGGUUUGUACGUGGUAUUGAGGAUAUAGCGUCGUUUCUAUGUGGCUUGUAUUAUGAAUACGGUACAUGUGUUUGUGUUGAGGCUGGGGAGAUGGUGAGGUUUCUAUGUGACUUUUACGAAUAGGGUAGGACUUGUAUGUGGCUGGUAUUGGCGAUGGGAUGAGGUUUCUAUGUUGUUAGUAUUGAAGAUGUUGUAGCGUUGUCUGGAUGAUUAUUAAGGGUAUGGUGGAAGGGUUUUCGAAUGGGUAGGACAGGCUUUGCAGUGAGUAGGGCAAGCCACGGUCUGUAUAUGGCAGGCUGUGGGUUGGCUAAGGCAAACUACAGGCUCAGUAGGGCAAGUUAUGGGUGAGGAAGGGCAAGCUAUGGGUUGGGUAUGGCACGUCAUGGACUGAGUAAGACAGGCUACAGGCUACGGACUGGUUAGGGCGUGCUAUGGGCAGGGUAGAGCAGGCUAUAAGCAUACUACGGACUAGGGCUAAGGAAAUGAAAAAGCCUAGAACUAAAGCUAAGGCUAACGAUGGGCAGGAUGAAUACUGUAAUUGUUUUGAUGAUUAUUGUGUGUACUGUAGAGUUUUCUAAAUGAGUCUUAAGCGAAGCCUAAACUAAGCCUAAAGCUAAUCCUAAGCCUAAAGCUAAGCCUAAGCCUAAGCCUAAGGCUAUUAGAGUUGAAGCUGUGCUAAGGCUAAAAUUAAAAAAAAACAAAAAAAAUUUAAAAUUAAAAAAAAACUAAAAAUUUUAAAUUUAUUACCACCUCCUUUCCAGGACAUAAAUAAGAUGCAGCCGACGACCAUGGAGAACUAUCCGUACUAUAAUCAGAACAUGGUCUACGACUACAUGAAUACCCGUUUAAUCAACCAGAACCCACAGUUGUAUCCCUUCACGAACGCCUCCACCGCCAACAUUCUACAAAAUGACUGGUCUCAGGUGGACAACUACCGCUUCCAACCACAACAGAUUCAACAGAGGACGCCCAGCUCCAGCACGAUUCAGUAUCAGCACUCGCAUAGCGUGAGUUUUGGGGUUAUGAUAUAUAGGGUUAUAAUCGGUUUAAUAUAAAAUAAAUCUUAAGCUUAAAAUUAUUUUUUAGGCUUAAAAAUGAUUUUUAGAGUUAAAAUCAAAUUUUAGGCUUAAGAGUAUAAUUUUAAGUUUAGAAAUAUAUUUCAGGCUUAAAAAUGAAAUUUUAGGCUUAAAAUGAAAAUUUAAGCUUAACAAUUAAUUUUAGGCUUAAAAAUAGGUUUUUAGGCUUAAAAAUAAAUCUUAGGUUUAGAAAUGGUGCUUUAGGCUUAGAAAUGAAAUUUUGGUCUUAAAAAAUAAUCUUAGCCUUAAAAGUGAAGUUUAGGCUUAGAAAUUCAAUUGUAAAUUUAAGUAUUGAGUUCUAGGCUUAAAAAUGAAAAUUUAGGCUUAAAAUGAAUUUUUAGGCUUAAAAAAGAACUUUAGGCUUAAAUAUGAAGUUUAGGCUUAAAUAUGAAUUACAGGUUAAGAAUUGAGUUUUAGGCUUAAAAAUGAAAAUUUAGGCUUAAAAGUGGAUUUUAGGCUUAGAAACAGAAUCUUUGGCUUAAAAGUAAAGAAUCAAGCUUAAAAUGAAAAUUUAGGCUUAACAUGCGUUUUUUCCAGGAAAACGGCCAAACCCACGCCGACCAGCGGAUAUACAAAAUGGGUGGUGCCGAGCUCUUAUCACCGGUCGACUCGGGGAUAGGCACAGAAAUCAGUGUAAUCGACGGAAAUGUCAUCAAAUCCGAAUACUUUUCCGUAGUCCAGCCCACGCCCGUCGGCCAAUCCCAAGGAACGCCUGUUAGUGUGGACCUAAGCUCCGGGCCGCUGUCUAUGGAACGACGAGACACGGCAAAUUCACAUCGAGAAAACUCACCCGUUGUUAUACCUAAAUUGUAAGUUGAGAAGGGAGAUUUGGUUUAUUUAUUGAAAAUUUUUAGCUUUAGGAGUAGAUUUAGGCUUAACAAUGACUUUUAGGUUUAGAAAGGGAUUUUAAGGCUUAAAACUAAUUUUUAAGUUUAAAAGGAAGAUUCAGGCUUAAAAGUGAAAAUUUAGGUUUACAAAUUAAUAUUUAGGGUUUAAAUGGGGUUUUAAGUAUAAAAACAAAUUUUAGGCUUAAAAAUAAAUUUUUAGGCUUAGAAAUUAUAUGUUAUGCUCAAGGAUCAAUUUUUAAGCUUAAGAAUGAAAUUUUAAACUUAAACAUGAAAUUUUAGGCUUAAAAAUGGAUAUUUAGGCUUAAAACGGAAUUUUAGACUUAAAAAUGAAAUGUUAGGCUUAAAAUGAAUUUUUAGGCUUAAGGUGGAAAAAUUCACAUUUAGGCUUAAGCAAUGUUGGUUAGGCUUAAAAAAGAGAAUUUCGUUUUUUUUGUCACUUUUUUUUUUUCAAAAAUCAUUGCACUUUUAACUUUUUUUAAAAACUUUUUAUUACGUCAAGUAAGUAAACAGACAGCCUUUUGAGUAAUUUACUUCCAUAUUCUUUUUGCUGUGAGAAAAGACAUAAUUAGUUGUUAAAAAUUACAGUUACUAAUGACUUGUUAGGUAAAUAAUGGGUUGCACUUUAACGGUUUAAAGUUUGAUCUGAUAAAAAGAAAAAGGAAAAGAUAGAAGAAAAUAAAGAUAAAAAGGAAGGUUUGAAAAUGAAAAAAGUUAAGCAUUGAGACUUUAGGUAUUAAAAAUGCAAUUUUAAAUAAUAAUUUAAAGUUUUUGAAACUUCAAAUUUUUUUAAAUUAAAAAAAAUGUUUUUAGAAUUAAAAAAAAUUACUUUAUCAAUACAAUAUACGCUUAAAAUUGCCUAAUUUUUAAGUUUCUUUUAGUUUUUAAAUUUUGUUUUUGAUUUUUAAGAAAAGCUCCACAGGCGCAGGCCCUGUUCACAUUUUUGUUCGGUAAAAAACAUUUUUUUUCGUGGUGACAAAAUUUUUUAAAGGAUAAAAAUUGUGCUUAAAAGCAGCCAUGUUUCUAACUUUUUUUACGUUUUUGAAUUUUGAAAAAAAUUUUUUUUGUAAUUUUUGGGAAAAAAAUUCACAUGGGGACCCUGUUCACAUUCUUAUCAAUUUUAUUAAAAAAAUUGCAAAAAAUUUUUUACGUAUAGAAAUUGUGCUUACAAAUAGUCUCUGCUUUUGACUUUUUUCAAUUUUUUAAAUUUAGAAAAUUUUUUUUAAUUUUUGAAAAAAAAAUCCGCAGGUGGGAUUCACCUUUAAUCUCCGAAAGCUCUUUUUAUAAUCUUUUUAUGAUCAAAAAGACCUUUCUUUAUAAUCUUUCACUUUUACUUUCACAUUUACUUUCAUUUUAUCUCGACAUCAAGCACAUUUUGUCAUUUCGCGACGCCAAAGGAAAGUUAAUUGCGCCCAUUAAUCGCUGUGAGCCGGAACUCGAAGCGACGCGGAAUCUGAUUCCUUUAACAAAACGAAUAAUAUUUCAUUUCAAAACAAUGAGCAUUGGUGGGCUGGGGCGCCAUAAUGGCUUUUUGUCAUGACCUAGUUUUGGGAGUUUGAACGAAAUUUUCGAAAUUUUGAGGAACAUUUUGGAAAAAAUGUGGAAAAUGACAUUUUAAAACAGAUAUAGUUUGAAAAAAAGUCUUUAAAAACUAUAGAAAACUAUUUAAAAUAUCAUGCUUAGUCUAAAAAUCCAAAAAUUCGAAAAAACUGAUCUGCAGCCUGCCAAAUCAAAUUUGGCGCCAAAAACUAAAAUUCAAAUAAAAAUACAAAGAAAUACAAUAAAAAAUUUCAGACACAACCAACUAGGAUUUCAAUAUGUCCUAGAAACGGCGAUAUCAACCUCAAUUCGCAAGGAAGAUGACCGUAUGACCUACGUUAACAAAUCACAGUACUACACAGUAACCCUAGAGUACAUCCCUGAUCCAAAUCGACCGCUAAAAAGCAAUACUGUUAGGGUAUGUUUAGAAAAUUGUUUUUUUAACUUGUUUUACAAAUUUUUACGUUUUAGGCCACAAUUUGAGGGAAAUUAGGAUUACGGUGGUUUUCGUUGUGAGACCCAAAAAAAUUAUUUUGUUGUCAUUAGAAUAGAAAGCCAUUAUAAAUAACAAAAACCGCAUUUUAGAGUCAAAUAAUGGUUGUAUUCCGAGAGAACAAGCCUCGCGAAGAAGAAAUCAAGACCUGGCAGCUAUGGCACAAACGACAACAUUCGGGAAAACAGCGUAUUUUAGAAGUGAACCAAAAAGAAUGUUCCGGAAUCUUGGGCCCAAUCGAAGAGAUUGCUCAUAACGCGAUACAGUUUUGCUGGGAUCCUACUAACAACUCGCCUCAGGUAAUAUUUUUAUUAUUUGAAAUUUUUAAUAUUUUUAAAAAAAUUCAAAAAAAUUUUUUUUGGUUAGAAGGUAAUCUUGGUUCGUAUUUUACAUAUUUUUCGGCUAGAAGGUAAUUCCAAACCCUAUUUUAGAUCAGCAUUGCAUUCCAAUGCCUAUCGACCGAUUUUUCGGCCCAAAAAGGAGUCAAAGGCCUACCUUUACAUGUACAAAUCGACACAUACGACGAAGACUCCAAAGUGCCUUUCCAUCGUGGUUAUUGCCAAAUCAAGGUGUUUUGUGAUAAGGUAAGUGAUAAAUUUUUAUUGGGUUUUAACUUUUGAAAUUUAAAAAGUUUAGUUUAAGAACUUUGCAAAUUUAAAAAUUUUUAUUUGGGUUGAAAUUUAAAACAAAUGCGAUGUUUUUUUAAUUUUCAGCUAUUUUAAGGUUUUUUGGGUACAAAAGUGACAUUUUUUAUGGUUUAUGUUAGAAAAACGUUAAAUUUUACGCAUUUUUUACGUUUUUAAGACAUAACGUGAAAUUUAUGGAAAAGGUGUGAAAUUUUAUGCAUUCUUCACGUUAUCUUAGACAUGAGAGGGCCGGGCCUGAAUGUUAGGCCCGGCCCGAUCGGAAUUUUGCUCAAGGCCGGCCCGGCCCGUUUCUCAUGUCUACGUUACCUCUAGAAAACGUGAAAUUUAUGGAAGAAACGUGAAAUUUUAUGCAUUUCUAAACUUUUUCGAUUUAAAACUUCAUUAUUAUUGAAAAAACGCAACAGAAAUCAUAUUUUACAUAAAACUUAUCGUCUUUUUUACAAUUUCAAAAACACAUUCGACCAGUAAUUGUUUUCUCUUGUAUAGGGCGCUGAGCGAAAGUUUCGAGACGAGGAAAAACGGCAACAGCGCCGAAAAGCUGGAGGUAAAUCUCUUCAAAGAUUUUGCUCAAUCAAACGCUUCUAUCGCUUGUAAUUUUGUAGUUUUUACUUUUUUUUGAAACUUGGGGCGGAUUUUAAGGAUUUUUGUAAUUUUGGGUGAUUUUUUAAAAUUUUUUUGAAAUUUUAGGUAACAAAAUUUUUUUUUCGGAAAAAAUUAAAAUGGGUUAAAAAAUAAAGUUCAGUUCCAAUUCGGGUUCGUAUUUUACACUUUAGGCUUUUUCAUUUUUAGCUUUUUAUUUCAAAAAAGCGAAAAAUUUUCCUAAAAUUGGCCUAAAAUGCCAUUUUUAAGCCUUUAAAACAUUAAAAUUUAAAAUUUUUAAUCUCCAUGCUAUUUCACAUUAAAUGUAAAAGACAUUUUCAAAAAAAUCAUUUUAACUUUUCAAAAAACUACGAAAUUACAAGCAAAAAUCCGCUUUCAACGCUGCUAACAUUUAUGUUGUCCGUCCGCCAAAAUCGUCUAAAAUCAUAUACCUAAACCAAUCUAAAAUUUCCAAAAUUCAAACACAAGGUAGACCAUAUCUUAGGCUAUGUCAAAACCAUAAAUUGGGGGAUUUGGGAUUUCGGCCAAAGAAUGACACAACAUUUUAGGGUGCGAACCGAAAAAUGUUGCACGAAACGAGACGGGAUGAAAAAAGAAAAGGUAUUUUACGACUUUCCCCCUUUUUGCACCCACUCCUUUAUUCUAUCCUUGUUGUGGUACUGUUCCGGAGCUUGUACUAAAUUUGAUUUUGAGUUGAUUUUGCCACUUUAAAAUGGGUUACGGUGGUUUUAUUUGAGGAAAAAUGGGGUUUUGGGCACUUUUAUGUUGAUUUUUGGCGUUUGUUUUAGAUUUUUCAAUUUUUAUAUAUGUUACAGUGUACGUAGCGGGCUGAAAUUGUGUGAACUGAUAAACAAUAGACUUAUGAUGAUGCAGUAAAAAGGUUUUUUAAAUUUUGUGACAUUUAGAAGAGUUGUGACUAUUUUUCUCAAUUUUUUCAAAAUUUUUUGAUUUUUGAACUAUUGUUUCAAUUUUAUUUUUUUAGUCAUGUUACAGUAUACUUAGCAAGCUGAAGUUUUGUGAAGUGAUAAAGAAUAGACCUAGGAUGAUACAAUAAAACGGCUUUUUAAAUUUGAUGAAAUUUAAAAAAGUUAUGACAAUUUUUCUCGAUUUUUUUCGGAAUUUUUUGAUUUUUGAGGUCUAGCUCUAAUUUUAUUUUUUUAGUCAUGUUACAGUAUACAUAGCAAGCUGAAAUUUUGUGAAAUUGUAGAUGAUAGACAUAUAAUAACGCUGUAAAAAGGGUUUUUUAAUUUGAUGGCAUUUAAAAAAGUUAUUACUAUUUUUUCGACCGGCACCAUAGAAUAACCUAAAAUAAGAUUUGAUGAGCUAUUGUAGGAAAAAGGUUUAAAAUUGAUUUAUAACAACUGAAGUUAGCCAAACUAUUUUAAAAAUCUAAAACUACAGUAUCUGUUCCUUCUAUAACCCCUAUAAUCACACCCAUUUCACUUCUCUUCCCUCGCUUUUCCGCUUAUAUUAACAUUGCUCCUCCACUAAUCGCCACUAACACUCACAGAUCCGCCGACAGUUUCUAAUCGUUCUGUUUUCGAUUUUCAAGGAGGCGGCCGCAAAAAGUCCGAUGGGGAAUAUCAUGAGCCAUGCGAGCGGUCCGAGUUCUACCACAUGAGUGAUCUGGAGAAGCAGGCGGUGUUGUUCGUGCCUUCGGAUGACUUCGACUCACGAUUCUUGGACCCCACCGACUUUGACUGCUUGGACAUUGUGGAGCCGGUGGUGAAGCGGCCCAGGAUCAACACGAAUCCGGAACGGCGUAGGUUUAAAUUAAAAAAUGUUUAAAAGUUUAAAUUUAAAAAUACUUUAAAUUUAGAAAUUUCGAAAAGUUUAAGCUUAUUUUGGACUCUUAGGAAUUUAUAGAGAUUAAGAUUGAUUUUAGGCUUAUUAAGUGUUUUGAUGAUUCAAUAAUGCUUAAUAGUGAUUUUAAGCUUAAAAAUGAAACUUUGGGUUAAACAUGAAUUUUAGGCUUAAGAGUGACAUGUUAGGCUUAAAAAUCAAUUUUAGGCUUAAAAUUGAACUUUAGGCUUAAAAUUUGUUUUAGGCUUAUAAAAUUAAAUUUUAGGCUUAAGAAUUGAAAUGUUAGGCUAGAAAUUAGUUUUUAGGCUUGAAAGUGGAUUUUUAGGCUUAUAAUUACGUUUUAGGCUUCAAAAUAGAAUUUUAGGUUUAAAGAUAAAAAUUUGAGUUUAAAAUGAAAUUUUAGGCUUAAGGUAUUAUUUUUUUUAGUUUUUUUGUUACCUAAAACUUAAUAUUUAAAAAAAAGUUGUUGGUCUUUAAUAAAAGGGCACUUUCAACGAUUUUUUCGAUUUUAUAAUUGUUUUACACCAUUUUCGAACCUAAAUUCAUACCUAAAACAUUACUUUUGAGUACCAAUUUCAUACCUAAAAGCCCAUAUUACAGACCAACCACAACCAGCCAUUCUGACUGAACCCUCGCGUUUUUCAGUGAUGAUCUACGUCAAGAAGCGUGAAGAGGACGUGUUCACCGCCCUGCAUCUGGUACCGCCCAACCUGUGCGGCCUCUACAACGCCCUGUACCAGAAGUACAACCUGGACCAGAACAAGAUCAGCCGAGUGCUGAAGAAGAAUGUCAAUGGGGAUACGGUGAAGAUGGACGAUGACAUGAUCGCCGUCUACAGUAACGAGAAUACGUUCAUUUUGGAGGUGGAACCGGUGGCCGAAGAUCCUUCGUACUAUACUGUAACUUUGGUGGAGCUGAGGGUUGGCAAUGACAUGGGCUGUCGUACGCCGCUGACUCAACAGUGGACUCCACAGCAUUGA